GUCGUGGAGCACCUUAUGAACAACAAGGCGAUUAGCAAGGCCCUCGGGCGCGUGCAUUCCCUGCUCCGGUUUGCUCAGGGCGCGGAUGUCCAGCAGCGCUUGCAGGACAUGUUCCCCAAGCCUGCGCGUCCGCUCGCUCCCCAGAGCCCUCACGAGGACGUUGCACCCGAGCUGAGGGAUGAGCUCGCGUCCCACCACAUCCGCUCUGCAGUCGCGGCACUCCCCCCCAUGUGCGGGGCUACGUCCCGGGUGAAUGCCUACGUCCGGGUGAAUGCCUACGUGAAUGCCUACGUCCCGGGUGGUUCCAAGGUCCUGGCGAGCGUGUUUGCGGACUUUCUCACGGGUGACGCUCCAGAGGAAGCCGUCCGAGCGUCGGCGGCCGCUGCCAUUCGCCUUUUGAAGCCAGGCUCCGAUGUCGACCUCCGGCCGCUGGCUUCACCUACGGCGCAUUGGAGGGCAGCGCUCCGCGGAUGGGGAUCGAUGUUCUCGGAUGAGGUCCGUGACGCGGUCGGCAAGUCCCAGGGACGGGGUCGCGUGGCCAGGCGGUCCUGUCGCACGCCGGCAUCUGCAGACCCCACCGUCACCAUCGCGGCCCUGGACGUUGCCAACAUGCACGGCAGCAUGUGUUUAGGGAUCAUCGAGACUGAGGUGCAGCACCGCGUCCCUAGGAUGUGGCCUCUGGUCUCCCGUUGGCUCCGCCUCGAGAGGCGCCAUGUGUACAAGGAUCCUGGUGGCGCCUUGCACGAGAUCGUCGCCGCCACAGGGGUCGACCAAGGGUGCCCUUCGGCUUCGUUGUUCGCCUGCCUCGGGGUCGCCCAGGUGCACGAUACCCUCUCGGAGCUGUCGACGGUGGCGGGCCUCCAGGACGACACCUACCUCCUCACGCCCCUGGCUGGCCUGAAGGCGGCCUUAGAGGCUGUUGCCUUGGCCUUCAACGCUGCAGGGUGCACGCUCAAGUUCCAGAAGUGUUCGGCCUGGUCGCCAGGGGCAUACGAAGUCGGAACAUCAGGGAUCCAGCGGGUGGAGGCGCCUCCCUUCGUCUUGAAACAGGCGCUCGCGCGCCUGGUGGCCACGGAAAGCGGAGCCCCGGCCCUCCGCUUUUCGGACCAGCGGUGCGAAGACGUAGCGGAGGAACGGCGGAAGACCUUGACGCGGCUCUCGGAGCUGAAGGCGGCCGGCCUUUCAGUCCACCACGCUGUUUCUCUCGCCCGUGUGGCGACCAGUGGGGGUGCAGUCUAUUUGCAGCGGUGCCAGCCGCUGACGAACGACAGCAUGCUCGACGUGGAUUCUGUCUUGCUUGAUGGAAUUCUCGACCUCCUGGGGAUCGAGCGCUCCGAGGUUGCGGCCGCGCUCCAUCGCCAGCGUUCUCGGUCCAACUUCGUCGCCUCUUGGCUCCUGGACCUGCCGGAGAACGCGGCCACCAUGGGGCUCCCCAGCGCGGCGGUGCUCUUGCCCAAGGCGCUUGCUUUGCGAGGGUGCCUCGAGACGGUCGUCGGGGAGAUGGGCGCGCAAGGCGUCAACCUCCCGGCCGCGCUCGACGACGUCCUGCGCACU